AUGGCUGCUAAGCUGCGAGCGCAUCAGGUGGACGUGGACCCGGACUUCGCGCCGCAGAGCCGGCCGCGCUCGUGUACCUGGCCCCUGCCGCAGCCCGACUUGGCCGGCGACGAGGACGGAGCGCUGGGUUCAGGGGUGUCUGAGGGCGCCGAGGACUGCGGGCCGGAGCGCCGGGCUACGGCCCCGGCGAUGGCCCCAGCGCCGCCGCUGGGCGCGGAGGUCGGACCGCUGCGGAAAGCGAAGAGCUCCCGGCGGAACGCGUGGGGGAACCUGUCCUACGCCGACCUCAUCACCAAAGCCAUCGAGAGCGCCCCGGACAAGCGACUCACGCUCUCGCAGAUCUACGACUGGAUGGUCCGUUACGUGCCCUACUUCAAGGAUAAAGGCGACAGCAACAGCUCGGCGGGCUGGAAGAACUCCAUCCGGCACAACCUGUCGCUGCACACCCGUUUCAUCCGCGUGCAGAACGAGGGCACGGGCAAGAGCUCCUGGUGGAUGCUGAACCCCGAGGGCGGAAAGACAGGCAAGACCCCGCGGCGGAGGGCCGUGUCCAUGGACAACGGGGCCAAGUUCCUGCGCAUUAAGGGCAAGGCGAGCAAGAAGAAGCAGCUGCAGGCACCUGAGCGAAGCCCCGAUGACAGUCCCCCAGGCGCGCCAGCCCCGGGGCCCGUGCCUGCCGCUGCCAAGUGGGCCACCAGCCCAGCCUCGCACGCCAGCGAUGACUACGAGGCGUGGGCCGACUUCCGCGGCGGCGGGAGACCCCUGCUCGGGGAAGCGGCCGAAUUGGAGGACGACGAGGCCCUGGAGGCCCUGGCGCCGUCGUCCCCGCUCAUGUACCCGAGCCCGGCGAGCGCGCUGUCGCCCGCGCUAGGUGCGCGCUGCCCCGGGGAGCUGCCCCGCCUGGCCGAGCUGGGGGGCCCGCUGGGCCUGCACGGGGGCGGCGCGGGCCUGCCCGAGGCCCUGCUGGACGGCGCGCAGGACGCGUACGGGCCGCGGGCCCGGGCGGGGACGCCCGCCUACUUUGGCGGCUGCAAGAGCGGCGCCUACGGCGGGGGCGGGGGCUUCGGGCCUCCGGCGCUGGGCGCGCUGCGCCGCCUGCCCAUGCAGACCAUCCAGGAGAACAAGCAGGCCAGCUUCGCGCCGGCCGCCGCGCCCUUCCGCCCGGGGGCGCUGCCCGCGCUGCUGCCGCCGCCGCCCGCGCCCAGGCCCGGCCCGGUGCUGGGCGCGCCCGGGGAGCUGGCCCUGGCGGGAGCGGCCGCCGCCUACCCUGGCAAGGGCGCGGCCCCGUACGCGCCGCCGGUGCCCUCGCGCAGUGCCUUAGCCCACCCCAUCAGCCUUAUGACGCUGCCCGGCGAGGCGGGCGCCGCGGGCCUGGCGCCGCCGAGCCACGCGGCCGCCUUCGGGGCCCCGCCCGGUGGCCUCCUGCUGGACGCGCUGCCGGGGCCGUACGCGGCAGCUGCCGCCGGGCCGCUGGGGGCCGCGCCCGACCGCUUCCCGGCCGACCUGGACCUCGACAUGUUCAGCGGGAGCCUCGAGUGCGACGUCGAGUCCAUCAUCCUCAACGACUUCAUGGACAGCGACGAAAUGGACUUCAACUUCGACUCGGCCCUGCCUCCGCCGCCGCCUGGCCUGGCCGGGGCCCCGCCCCCCAACCAGAGCUGGGUGCCGGGCUGA